AUGACCGAACAACCGUUCUCCCUGCACAUCCCCGACUCUGAGCUCGAGCUCUUGCAGAAGAAACUCGCGCUGACACGCCUUCCCGAUGAACUGGACGAAGCUGGGUGGGAAUACGGUGCUCCCCUCGCCGACGUGAAGCGCCUCGUUGAGAGAUGGCAGAACGGCUGGGACUGGCGCCGCUACGAGGCCGAGAUCAACGAGCUGCCGAUGUUCACGCGCGAUAUCGACGUGGACGGGUUCGGGACGCUCAACAUCCACUAUAUCCACCAGAAGAGUGAGGUGAAGGGCGCGAUCCCGUUGCUGUUCGUCCACGGUUGGCCCGGCCACUUCCUCGAACCUGCGAAGCUCCUCCCUCUGCUCACGGCGUCCUCGCCCGACCAUCCCAGUUUUCAUGUCGUCUCCCUCGGACUGCCUGGCUACGGCUUCUCGGAGGCACCGAAGAAGAAAGGGUUCAGGAUGGCGCAGUACGCUGAGGUCGGGCACAAGUUGAUGUUGGCCUUGGGAUACUCCGAAUACGUCACUCAAGGCGGCGACUGGGGCUACAGAAUUACCAGAAUGAUAGCUCUGAAGUACGGCGGGAAACAUGCGAAGGCUUGGCACACCAAUUUUCCCCGCGGAGAACCGCCCGUUUUCACCAAGAACCCGAUCGCCUACAUCCAGCAACUGCUCACCCCGUACCAGGAAUCGGAGAAGGCCGGCCUCGAGCGCUCGGAGUGGUUCAGCAAACUUGGGAGAGGAUAUUACGCCCAGCAGUCGACUCAACCCCAGACGCUCGGGUACAGUCUCGCCGACUCGCCCGCCGGCCUGCUCGCCUGGCUCUACGAAAAGCUUCACCAUUGGACGGACGCUUACCCAUGGAAGGACGACGAAAUCUUGGACUGGGUAUCGAUCUACUGGUUCUCCCGCGCCGGACCGGCUGCCUCGAUCCGCAUCUACUACGAAGUCGAACAAGGCGGAGACAUCGACCUACUCCGCGAGAGCCCGAAGAUCCCGAUGGGGCUGUCGUACUUCCCCAAGGAGCUGGUCCGCGUGCCGAAACGGUAUGUGCCGCAAACAUUCGCUAUCGCUCGAAACGUCGUGUUCGAGUCGGAGUGGCCGUCCGGCGGACACUUUGCGGCGCACGAAAAGCCGGAGGAGCUCGCGACGGAUCUGAGGAAGAUGUUUGGCAAGGGAGGGAAGGCGUACGGCGUCGUUCCCGGAAAGGACGGCUACUGA